GAACAAGACUGGCCAGAUGCAGGCUCCCUCUUUCAGACAACAAACAGCAAGGUGAGCUUUUUUAACACCAGUGGGAAAACAUCUGAGCAUUCAAGCAGCUCCUCUGUUAAACACCAGGAAGCGGCAGCAGAAGCAGCUGCAAGUCGAGCUGUUCUCAUAGUGUUAGAAGAACAAGAAAGAGAGCAGCAGGAAAUUGCUAUACUUGAAGCAGAAGUCAGGAAAAAGGCCGUAGAACAUGAAGCAUUAGUCAAACAAAUGCUGUUGGAGAGAGAAGCAGAGGAAAUUAAGCUGAGGAUGCAACGAGAAGCAGAUGAAGUUAAGUUGAAGGCUCAGCAAGAGGAAGAGUAUGCAAAGCUGCAGAGAAUGCUAGAAGAAAAGAAAAGAAAGAUUCAGCACCUGGAUAAGGUUAAAGAUCUUAAAGCAGCACAAGCGAGAAUGCAGGUUUACGACCAAACAAGUGUUAAUGAGCUGCACAAAGUAGAUGUAACAAAUAUUAACACAGAAGUCAAAGGUGAUACACAUGUAAGUUUUCCUUCUCUGCCUGAACAAGUUUCACCACAAGCUAUUGCCACACCCACAAAUGAUGGUACAUCAGAUCUUGUUAAAGUGCUAGCAAGUGCACUAAGUGCAAGCCGCAUUCCUGUCCCUGAACCUGCAGUGUUUAGUGGGGAUCCUAUAAGAUACAGUGACUGGAAACAUUCAUUUGAAACAC